AUGGUCCGCCGCCGCCACAGAGAAAAAAGGGGGGCCUUUCCUCCUUCCCAGGUGCCUCGCCGGCGCCGAGGACGGCCGCCGGCCGUCACUUCUGCGCCUCCUCUUCUCCCCCUCAUGCUCAACUCCUCGCCGGAGAGAUCGACUCACCUUUCUUCUUCUUCCUCUAUCGCGACGCCGUCGCCGGAGCCGACGCCGGCCGCCCCCGCCUUUCUCCUCUCCCUCUCCUUCUCACUACAACCGCCAGUAGAGACAGGGAGAGCUUAUCCUCCCUCGCUGCUGUCCUCGAGCCACAGCCGCCGACGACGAUCUUCCUCUUCUUCCUUCUUCUAUUCUCGACGUCGGCGACAAACUCCUCUUCUCCCCCUCCUCUUCGCUGCGCCUCCGCCUCGGCUCCUCCUCGCUACGCUGCCACCGGCAGAACGCCGCCUCAGCUCCCCCUCGUUGCGCCGCCACUGGCAGAACACUGCCUCGUCUCCUCCUCGCUGUGUCGCCGGAGCUGCAGCCGAGCCUCCACCUUUCCCGCGCUCAUGGACGUCGCUGCCGAGGCCAGGACAGAAUCAUCCCCUCUCUCCCGGUCCAUACGCAGCAGCUUCUCCCGUCGGUAGUCAUCAGGCACCGCGGCCUUGCUUGCCGGCGCCUCCGUCGACUCGUCGCACCUCCAUGCGCUGUAGCGAAUCUGACCAGCAGCCCCCGCGCGCCAACAGUCCACGUGUCGGCCGUCCUUACGUCGAUUUCGUCCCGGCUCUGAUUCCGUCUCGUUGUGUGGGGUUUCAGCCUUUGUGCAUUGUUGAGCGCCACUGA